AUGGAGUCCACUCCCUCUCUCCAUCUCUUCCUCACCCCCUACCUACCUACCACCCUCCCACCCUACCAUCCUACCACCCUACCCCCUCCUACCCCCUCCUACCCCCUCCUACCCCCUCCUACCCAUAUAAAAUAUUUACUUUCAUUCCACUACUUCAACAAGACGGAUAUAUUGGUAAAGGCAGCAAUAAGACGAGCUGCAUCUGUCCUGCCCAACAUAAAAAACUAUGAGGACAAGACCGUGCAGUCACUGCUGGACUACUACUUCAAGCCAGGGAAAUUGACCGAGGACAAUCAAUGCUACUGCGAGAUGUGCAGUCGAUUGACCAUCAGAGAACACUUAACAGAGAUGAUGAAGACGCCGUCACGAUUAAUUUUUUCUCUGAUACUCUUCCGCUACGAUCCUUCCUCGCACCAGAGUAUCAAGAUGCAGCAUUUCGUGUGUCUUAUUAUCAACAGCUGGAUUUGCCGGCUUCAUGCGGUUGUAGUUCAUUGCGGCUCAAAUGUCGAAAGCAGCCACUAUUACACCAUAUCCAAGGACAAGAAUGACUGA